AUGGUCCUUUCCUCGGCACACUCCUUGAGUCUGAAGUAUGUGUCUCUGGGGGUCCUGGUGUUGCAGACCACGUCGCUGGUGCUCACCAUGCGCCACUCCCGCACCCUGAAGGAAGAUGGCCCCCGCUACCUGGCCUCGUCCGCUGUGGUGCUGGCCGAGGUGCUCAAGGUCCUCACCUGCACCCUGUUGGUCUUAAAGGAUUGCAGUUUCAAUGUGCAGUCUAUGAUCCAGCUGCUGAAGGAGGAGAUUGUGAACAAGCCCAUGGAGACCAUGAAGUUGGCCAUUCCUGCAGGAAUCUACACACUGCAGAACAAUCUGCUCUAUGUGGCCUUAUCCAACCUGGACGGAGCCACCUACCAGGUGACGUACCAGUUGAAGAUCCUCACCACCGCACUGUUCUCUGUCUCCAUGCUGGGGAAGAGUUUGGGCCUCCACCAGUGGCUCUCGCUGGUCCUACUCAUGGCUGGCAUUGCUCUAGUGCAGUUGCCCACAGACUCUGGAAGUGACCCGGAGCAGACGAUCCCGACGGCAGGAUCCCAGUUUGUGGGCCUGAUGGCUGUGCUGGCGGCCUGUGUGUCCAGUGGCUUUGCUGGAGUAUACUUUGAAAAAAUCCUCAAGGAGACCAAACAGAGUGUGUGGCUCCGUAACAUACAGCUGGGUUUGUUCAGCUUUCUGUUUGGCUCUGUAGGAAUGAUGAUAUAUGACGGCCAGAAGGUGAUACAGUCAGGAAUGUUUCAGGGCUACAACUCUAUAACCUGCAUCGUAGUCGUCUUACAGGCUCUGGGCGGGCUGGUCGUAGCUGUGGUCAUUAAAUAUGCAGACAACAUCCUCAAAGGAUUUGCCACAUCUCUGUCCAUCAUCCUGUCCGCUCUCAUUUCAUAUUUCGUGUUGACGGACUUCAAUCCCACUGGACUAUUUUUCAUUGGGACCACGCUGGUUAUGGCCGCCACCAUUCUGUACAGCUACCAGUGCAAACCUUCGCAAAGUGUUAGCGUCAUCAAGGCAGAGACCGGACCGAACUGUCCCACCUGA